AAACAAACGGCCUUGGGCCGUGCAUAUAAAAUGCGCCAGCAGAGUGGAAUUUCGUUACACCUACUGGUGAAAUUGCAUGGAGAAUACGGUGUAAAUAGAAGAGAUGUCAAGUUUCGGAACUGAAUUUGCAGAAAUAUGGCCGUCGGCCGACUUUCAACCAGAGUUUAGCCCAUUUGGCAAGCGUCUGCUACAAAAGUGUACAACCAUAAAAAAGCCCCAAACAACUGCGGAUGUGCCGGCGUUUAUCAAGAAAUCUGCAGAGUUUCCGCUGCCGUUUGGCAUAAACACAUGCCGAGUCGUGAGUCAGCCACGCUCUCGACACGCAUCCAUUGGUCAGCAGAUUGCGUCAGCCUAUCCCAUCAUACACGAGCGGACCUUGACGCUCUACCUGCAGUUCUUGGAACACAAAGCCCAGUGGGGUAAUGAAAUCGAGAAAGAGAUUUACUCAGACCUGUCCCUUUGCGAUUUCGUGCAGCGCUUGCUGGCCAAGCGCUGUGUUAGCUUCUUUGCCCGCAACGACAAAUUUCUGCUACUGUCCGGCGAGCGCGGGGCCAGCGGGUUUGAGCCCAUCGGCACUACGGCUGAGGUGGCGCCGCUGCUGCUGCGGAAUGUGCUCAGCUAUGAUGAGAUAAAGCUAUCCGCUCUGCUGUCCGUCUCGUCGCACACGGAGUUCAUCAACGAUGGCGCGCGCAGCAAUUGCGGUGUUGUGGAGCGCAAUAGAAGAGCCAUUGAGGUGGAUGGUGUUAUAAUGGGUCUGAUUGGAGCACGUCUGUCGCGCCGGAAUCUGAUGGAGUUCCAGGACAUUGUUAUAGCGCGUACGCAGAAUACCAAGGAACAUGGUUAUGGCCAAGCUAUCGACGCAUCCGCAAAUACACGCGCAGCCGACUAUCGACGUUUGUGGAAACGCUUCUAUGGUACCCGCGACUAUCUGCAUGGCGAGGUGGCCAUUAAUGAGAAGCGUUUCGGCGUUUCGGGCAACAAGCAGGACGUGUUUGACAAUCUGGUGAUGAAGCGUCGCUACGCAAUCGCCUUCGACAUGCUCCUGCUUGAGGCGGAGGCCCGUGCUCGAUUUGCUGACAAGUCGGCCUAUAUACAUGUCGUGGGUUUUGGGUUGGGAGUAUGGCGCGUGGCGCCGCAACAGGAGCGCAUAUUUUUGGAGACAUUCGAGCAGCGUCUGCGGGAAUUGGCGCCACAACUAACCCACAUAGGCGUCGUGCACUUCUCGUGGUUCACGCUCAGUCGCUGGCAGGGACUGCACAAUGGCGCCGUUAUCGAGUGCUCAACACAUCCACAAAAUGGUAUACGAGUGCUAAUCUCCAAGAGGAAUCCAGCUGCAAAACUAUCAGCCCCAGAGCAUGAGAACAUGUUACUGUUUGUGUCGUACGCCUGGGAUGGGAAUGCAUUGCCGGGCAAUGAGUUCUGGAUGAAAAUGCUGAAAUCAACCGGAGACUCGUCCACAGCCUGCAGCACGCUAAUCAGCGAACUGCACAAUCCGCACAUAAAUACGGAAUACUGUAAUGGUUGGAAUUUGCAUGUCGCCUCGCCACGACACGGCGUAUUACACAUAGCGGAAUAUGUGAAAGGGGUGUUGUAGUGCCAGUUGCGCUGUAGAUAAAACGGGGAUUUACAUUCGUCCUCCAUCAAUUGUUAUAUUUAUGACGCUAUUGUAAUGCACUAUUAUACUGUAAUAAACUAAAACAUUUUCCUA